AUGAGUGAGCUCUCCAAGGAGCACGGGGAAGCUGUUGGCAGACGGAGGGUGAAAAUGGCCAGGCGGGACGCCGUACCCCAGUUACGCGGCGUGCGCCGGAAACCAAGCGGCAGGUACGGGGCGAAGAUCUGGGUUCCGUCGCGGCGAGGUCCGGUCUCUCUCGGUACCUUCCCCACCGCCGAGGAAGCCGCCAGGGCGUACGACGCGGCGGCCGUCGAGCUGCACACCUGCACGCCGGCGAAGAAGAAGAAGGCGGCGGCUCGCCCGGACGCCUGGACCGACUUCCGCGGCGUGUACCGGACGCCCAGCGGCAGGUACGCUGCGCAGAUAAGGCACUCCAAGGAAAAAUCUUGGCUCGGCACCUUCGACGCCGCCGAGGACGCCGCCAGAGCGUACGACGCCGCGGCCGUCAAGCUGCACGGCGAGAGGGCAGUCACCAACUUCAGGCAACCGAGCCAGGACGAGGACACCACAGCGGAGACGAUGGCGGUUGAGAAGGAGGUGGAGUCAAUGGACGUCGCCACCGACUUCCUGGAGAUGCCGGCGCUCGACUUCCUGGAGAUGCCGGCGCUCGACGUCCUCUUACACAGCUUCCCUUCAGGUGCGCACCGCGACGAUCUCUUGGCCGAUUUGCCGCCGGCGGAGCGUCAGCUCGUGGACGAUUUCCUCAAGGACACGGACCUCUCCGAUGUGGCGCCUUAA